CCGGUGACAACGCCCGCUGCCAUAGUCCAGGAGGGCGCAGCUCGGGCUCACUCGUGGGUCACAAUCCUCCUCUUCUAGUCUCUGGGGCCCCCUACACGGCACCCUUCCCCCGUCGUGGGUCACAAUCCUCCUCUUCUAGUCUCUGGGGCCCCCUAUGACCGAUACCAUGGCUGCCGAUCACUGUGCCGAUCUCAUCGAUCACUCGCAUGUUCAGGAUUUCGAGGUGCAGCUGACUGUGAAGAUCUCUCUGACCGUUUUGUACGGAAUGAUUCUAUUGGCCGGGAUCGUUGGGAACAGCGUCACCAUCCAGACCUCCAAGGUUCUGAGGGACAAGGGCUACCUCCAGAAGGGUGUCACCGAUCACAUGAUCAGCCUGGCGUGUUCCGAUCUGCUGGUCCUCCUGCUGGGAAUGCCGGUGGAACUUUAUUCGGUGAUCUGGUUCCCGUUUUCUUCCGCCGGGAACGUCACCUGUAAGGUUUAUUGCUUCCUGUUUGAGGCGUGCAGCUUUGCGACAAUCUUCCACGUGGCCACGCUGAGCUUCGAGAGGUACGUGGCCAUCUGCCACCCCUUCCGCUUCAAGCGCUUCUCCGGCACCCGCGCCGUCAAGCUGAUGAUCGGCGCGGCUUGGCUGACCGCGGUGGGCGUGGCGUUGCCGCUGAUCUUUGCCAUGGGCGCAGAAUACCCGCUGAGGCCGGUGUCGGGCCGGCGCUCCCGAUGUAACGUCUCCGCCGCGUCUCUGAAUGCCAAUCGCACGCUUUGCACCAACCUUCACUCCAAGUGGGCGGCGUUCCAGGCCAGCAUCUUCAGCGCCUUCGCUGUCUACAUCGUGGUCCUCGGGGGCGUGGCUUUUAUGUGUCGCAAGAUGAUGGCGAUUCUCAUAGCGACCAAGAAAGGGACCGUCACCGUGAAGGGCCCACCCGGGACCGCCGGGACCAAUCAGAUGACCAAAAGCAACGCCUCGCCGGAGGCCGGAUCCGCCCGCAAGCAGACCAUCGUCUUCCUGGGUCUCAUUGUCCUGACCCUCGCGGUUUGCUGGAUGCCCAACCAAGCCCUUCGCAUUAUGGCGGCAAGCACACCAAAGCAGGAAUGGUCGCUCUCCUACCUCCGGAUCUACAUGACAUUGCUCCCAAUUGCCGACACCUUCUUCUACCUCAGCUCGGUGGUGAACCCCCUCUUAUAUAACAUCUCUUCAAAGCAGUUCCGACAAGUUUUUCUGCAAGUCCUUCGCUGUCGCCUUACUCUGGAACAUGCAAACAAAGAGCGGCUCCGGAGAGUCCACCUAAACUCCGCUGCCAGCAGCACCAACUAUAAGCGCCCAUUAAUGUCUUUAAAUCGUAACCACUCCUCGAGGUUUACCGAGAAACAUUCCUUCAGUACUUUUCAGAGUGAGCCUGAGAAGAGGCCGAACACUCGGAAAUCUCAGGAGCUUCUCAUGGACAUAAAACCAAAGACAUCCGUUAGAAAUGGCCUGUGUGAGAGUGAGAUCUGAGCCCAGCUGUGUUAUUAACAGAACAUUUUCUAUAUAUAUAAUGGCAGCAGAACAAAAAUCAGUGAGGUCUUUGAAAGCAGAACAUGUUAUCUAGAAAAAUACAGAAGAGAACAAGCUACAGGAGAUAUAUGGGGGCAAGAAAACCAGAAAAUACAGCAGAACGCCAUGUUGAAAAAAUGUAGAGGAGGACACAAUGUAAAGGGAACAUAGAGGAGGACUCGAUGUAAAGGGAACAUAGAGGAGGACACAAUGUAAAGGAAACAUAGAGGAGGACACGAUGUAAAGGGAACAUAGAGGAGGACACAAUGUAAAGGGAACAUAGAGGAGGACACGAUGUAAAGGGAACAUAGAGGAGGACACAAUGUAAAGGGAACAUAGAGGAGGACACGAUGUAAAGGGAACAUAGAGGAGGACACAAUGUAAAGGGAACAUAGAGGAGGACACAAUGUAAAGGGAACAUAGACGAGGACACGAUGUAGAGGGAACAUAGAGGAGGACACAAUGUAAAGGGAACAUAGACGAGGACACGAUGUAGAGGGAACAUAGAGGAGGACACAAUGUAAAGGGAACAUAGACGAGGACACGAUGUAGAGGGAACAUAGAGGAGGACACAAUGUAAAGG